GCAGAGAGAACUCAGUCUGGCCGCGCGCGCCCACGAUCACUGUCGACCGCCGGUCUCACGUCGUUCUCCUCGCACCGGCGCGGGACGGUCGUUUGAAUUUCGAACAUUUCACGCUUUUCGACGCUCGCCUAUUGCCCCGUAUUUAUAGCGUUCUUCUUCAGCAUCAGAUCACCUUGACAACCGAGAAACUGUUCGAAAGAAAGAAAUCCACGAUAGGUCCGAGCAGUGGACGUUAACGAGGAUUUUCGGUUUUUAUUUUUGUUUGGACGGGCAGUUCUCGCGUGGGAGAGUCGAUUGACGCGAAAUGCGCGUGAACUAGACGGGAGACGUUGGCUGGCCGCGGCGUUUUCGUUACUCCGAUUCGCCGCACCGAUUACGGGCCGCAUUCUCUCACGGAAACGCCGCUCGCGAAUUUCAAUCGUUGCACUCUAGGCUCGCUCGCUCGCUCGCCGCUGGAAUGCUUUAAUUUCUUCCGCGGUCGGUGUGUUAUCGCGAUCGGCCCGCCGCUUCUGGUCCAUCGCACCGCCGCGCGCUGCCUCGCGGAGAAUGAGACUGCUGGUAUCGGUCUGCCCGCCGGUGUUCGAGAGUUUCUGAGGACGGCUGACGUCUCCGCUGCGUUGUUGAUCGGAAACAAGACGACCAAGGUUCCUCGACUGGGCAUGCUACUGGCAAACGUGGAGAGGGCUUGUCUAUUACUAACGGCGAUCCACGUUCUACUCGUCAAGAGCGCCGACGCGGAGACCUUCACCCUCGGCUACAUCACCGGCUCGAAAAGACGUCCAGGGGACUUCGAGUAUCAGCGACCCGGCUACCGGAUAUCCGGCGCUAUAUCGCUCGCCGUGGAAGAGGUGAACGCAGGGGAGCUCGGCAGACGCGGGCACAAGCUCGACUUCCUCGUCGCGGAAACUUAUGGGGAAGAGGAGACCAGCAUCCUGAUGACCGCCGAUCUCUGGACGCGGAACAUCAGCGCUUAUAUCGGUCCACAGGAAACCUGCAUCCACGAGGGCAGAAUGGCGGCCGCGUUCAACCUUCCUAUGAUAUCUUACUUUUGCACGCACCGCGAGUCCUCCGACAAAAUGGAGUUCCCGACGUUCGCCAGGACCAGGCCACCCGACACGCAGAUAUCGAAAUCGGUCGUUUCCGUGUUGAUGGCCUUUAACUGGACCAAGGUGACGUUCAUGUACAUGAACUCAACCCUGUUCGAGUUCAACAAGAUGUCCACGAUCGCGAAGACGAUAUUGUCGUCGUUCGAGUCAGCCGGUGUCACCGUGAACUUCCUCCGUUGCUGGCAAGAACCUUACCACGUCACUCACAUGACGAAUCCUUUCCACGAGCACGUAACCGAGACGUAUCAGGAAACUCGGAUUUACGUGAUUCUAGGCAAUUAUUAUGAGCACAUGGGUCUCUUGAUGGCGCUGGACCAAAGGAAGCUCUUGGAAAAAGGGGAAUACUGGGUGGUCGGCGUGGAUAUUGAACAAUACGACGAGAAACGACCGGAUAAGUAUUUCCGAGGCCUAUGGCAGACGAAAACGAACUCGUCCAUUUUAAACGCUUAUCGGAGCUACUUCAGCGUGGUAGCAUCCGCACCGAUAUACUCGAAGAACUUCACAAGGAUGGUUCACGCUUACCGGCAGAAACCACCUUUCAGCUUCAGCAACCCCUUGGCAACCGUAGGUGGUGUCGUUCAGAUCGUGCCGGAGACGGCGUAUCUAUACGACGCGGUGCAUCUCUACGAGAGAUCGUUGCUGAAAGCUCUGGACGAGAACCGUGACCCGCGGAACGGCAGAGAGAUGGUGGCGACUCUUUACGGCGUUCAUUAUCGCAGCGCCAUGGGGUACAUGGUUUACAUGGACGAAAACGGUGAUGCGGAAGGCAAUUACACUCUGAUCGCGCUGGACAAUCGGCCGACAAAAGGACACGGUUUAUAUCCUAUAGCAUACUUCGUCGGCAAAGAGAACGGCACGAACCUGCCGAUACUUCGAUUAACAAGAGAGAUCUCGUGGGUUGGCGAUGGACCACCUAUCGCGGAGCCUUAUUGCGGCUACCACGGCGAAAAAUGCACCUCGCACACGGGAGAAAUCGUCGGCGGGAUCGCUGGUGGGUUCCUGCUAAUCAUUACCGCGGUGAUCCUAGUGCUAUACAGGAACUGGCGGUACGAACAGGAACUGGACUCCUUGCUUUGGAAAGUGAAUUACAAAGAUAUUCAGAUCAAGGAGCAGAAAGACGAGUCGGUAGUCAACGAGGCGCCUACCAAGUGCAAUUCCAAGGCAGGGAAGGAAGCCGAUAUAAGAUUCUCCGGGCAGCCGACGUCUCAGCCCAUCGUGAGAACCAGCCAGGUCUCGCUGAGCUCUAAUCCGGACGCCGACUUCCGAUAUUCCAUGAUUUACACGCAAAUAGGCGUCUAUAAGGGUCGGAUAUUCGCGGUGAAGAAAGUUCGGAAGAAAUCGAUCGAAAUUACGCGGGAAAUGAAGAAGGAGCUGAAAGUGAUGCGUGAUUUACGGCACGAUAACUUAAACGCUUUCAUCGGUGCGUGCACCGAUCCGCCGAACAUCUGCAUCGUCGUCGAGUAUUGUGCACGCGGCAGUCUGAAGGAUAUCUUGGAAAAUGAGGACAUGAAGCUGGAUAAUAUGUUCAUGGCAUCACUGGUCGGCGACAUCAUCAGAGGUAUGAUCUAUCUGCACGAGUCUGUCAUAAAAUAUCACGGCUCGCUGAAUACGUCGAACUGCCUGGUGGAUUCCCGAUGGGUCGUAAAGCUGGCGGAUUUCGGGCUGCACGAGUUCAAGAAGGAUGCGGAGUGCGAGCCUUGCGACGUCAUGAAGAAGUAUCACGGUCUCCUGUACCGAGCCCCGGAGUUGCUGCGAUCCACCAGGACCCAAGAGCCGACCGCCCGAGAUUACCAAAGGGGCGACGUUUAUUCGUUCGCGAUCGUUUUGUACGAGCUACAAGGACGACAUGGUCCUUUCGGGAUCACGGAGCACUCCGAUUCGGAGAUUCUGAAGAAAGUAAUCGCGAGGGAGCACAGUGCCGAGCCGUUCAGACCUCCGUUGGAUCAACUCGAGAACUGUUUCCAUUUCGUUCAGGAUUGUUUGGUCGAGUGCUGGGCAGAGGACCCCGAGGCACGCCCCGACUUCAAGAUUAUCAGGAAUAAGCUGAGGCCGUUGAGAAAAGGAAUGAAGCCAAACAUAUUCGAUAACAUGAUGGCCAUGAUGGAGAAAUACGCGAAUAAUCUGGAAGCAUUGGUGGACGAACGAACGGAUCAACUGACAGAGGAGAAGAAGAAAACAGACGCUUUACUCUACGAAAUGCUACCCCGCUACGUCGCCGAACAAUUGAAACGGGGACACAAAGUCGAAGCGGAGAGCUUCGAUUCCGUUACCAUCUAUUUCAGCGACAUUGUUGGGUUCACUGCUAUGAGUGCCGAGAGCACUCCUUUACAAGUAGUGGAUUUUCUAAACGACUUGUACACCUGUUUCGACUCCACGAUAGAGAACUAUGACGUAUACAAAGUGGAAACAAUAGGGGACGCGUACAUGGUGGUAAGUGGCCUGCCGAUACGGAACGGAAUUCAGCACGCAGGAGAAAUUGCCAGCAUGUCCUUGUGCCUCCUAGACGCCAUUAAACAGUUCACCAUUCGGCACAGGCCCCUUGAUAAACUGCAACUACGGAUCGGUAUACACUCCGGACCGGUGUGCGCCGGUGUUGUCGGCCUAAAAAUGCCACGUUAUUGUCUAUUCGGCGACACCGUGAAUACUGCCAGCCGCAUGGAGUCUACGGGAUCGCCGCUAAAAAUACAUUGCAGCUACGAGACAAAGAAUCUCCUAGACCAGCUCGGCGGGUUCAGCGUAGUAGAAAGGGGUCUGGUCUCCAUGAAAGGUAAAGGCGAGCGAUUGACCUACUGGCUGAUCGGCGAGGACCCAGCCCUCAGGGAGGAACGGAACGUGGAGAGGGAGAACCGUCGUAGCGGUUGCAGCAAGAAGAACAGUACAACGAACCCAUUGAUACCCAGAAGCUCUCUGAAGAAUAAAUCUCUAGCGAGGUCCACGUUCGUCAGGUGUUCCAGUGAAUCGCCGAAACGUCUUCGUUUCGCGAGUUCCGAUCAGCUGGACCAGAAAUGCUCACGAACGAACAGCCAACUGGAAUCUAUCGUCGACAACAGCCCCUGCAAGCCAAACGUUUCCUGCGCGAUGAGGUCAUCCUGCGUGGAAAGCUGGAGAUCGUCCAGCAACUCCUGUCCCUGCGUGGAGAAGCUCUGCGACCAGGACGCGCAGUUGUAUGCGAAAGAAACGCGCCGCGCUCAAGCGGAAGCGCGGAACGCCCGCAAUAAUUGGACGAUCGGUAGCGAGUGUUAUUUCCCGCGAAGCAGCGGCGGCGGUAGCGGCGUCGGUUUGAUGAAUUUCCGGCUGGGUUCUCCGGGGAUCGCGCAGACGACUUGCAGAUCCGCGCCCAGCAGUCCGCGGCACAGCACGCUGAUCUUAAACUGCCAGAAAAGAGAGGCGCAGUCAAACGAGGAGAUCGACGGAUGGGACGCUGCCGCGCCGCUCAUCUGCUACCCGGGAGGAAGAUUCGAUUAGAGGGUGACCAAGGCGUGGACGUCGGUCACUGACUCUGCCAGUCUAUCCGUGAUGAUGGCUUCCGGUCCGUAGACCAGUCUCAAUGGUGGCCAGGAGCGAACGACGCAUGAAGGAUCAUUCGUUGAUUUUGAAUGCCGACAUUGAUUUUCUUGUGACCUGGGAGUGAGCAAAGUGCUAGAAAGCGAACUUAGUGAACGUAGUGACAAAGAAAACCAUUUCUGCGAUGUAUGACAAGAAUGCUCGUCCCUGCGAACGUUCUGUUCCCGCCACGACCGGUGCGCCUUUGAACCCCACGGAAGAGGUAGGACACACGACUUGAUAAGAAUAAUUUUAUCCGAUUAACCGUACACACACAUAGCUGCGUGCUCUUGGAACUAGGUCAAGUUCAGCGUGCACCUUCCUCACCACAGUGGAAACGUUCCGUUUCCAGCGAAGGUUUUAUUUCCAUGAUCGGAUCGAUCGACUCGACAAUCACGUUUCGCCGCUUUUUGAUCCGGCCCGUUCCUAUCGGAACGAUCAAACCGGGCGACAGUCGACCGAGGUUGGUUGGUCUAUGACCAUCGUCGACAGGCGUUUACAAAAUUUUUUUUCUUUUCCCCGCCCUUCCCACUGACCGCUCCCACGAAGUACCACGAUCAAUACAUGUACCAAAGCCAGACCGUACGUACAAAUCGAAGAUACCUAAACGACAGAUGUGUAUUUAUACAUUAUUUAUAGCGUACCGCCUAGCGUAACUCGCAACCGCGAGUAACGGUAUAAUUCCACGCAUUAGCUUAGACAAUCAAGAAGGCUCGUGCUUUUUAUUCUACGUAACCGUGCCGUCUCUCUCUCUCUCUCUAGUCAAUUUAUCGUUUAAUUUAACGCGCGGUAUCGGCCGGGCCGAUCGCGGACGGAUUUCGAACGAUAAAACACGUUUUCCCUUGUUUGGGCCAGCCGGAGCCCCCGGGAUCCCUCGGUGUCCCACUGAUCUAGUAUUAAACAGCAUUAUCUACUGCCCGACACGUAGUACUUAAGCCGAUUAUUUAUAGAUUAAUAUAUAAUAUGGAAUAGCCUAACGAUCCGAAGUUUCGGAAAUGUACCUACGACGAUAUGUUGUAUCCUACUUAAACAAUCGAUCUGUCGUAACCCAAUUAUGUGUAAAUUUAUUACUUCUACUUGAAAUAAAGAGGUUCAUUAAUAAAAAGAGGAAUCGUACGUAUCGUUAACCCUAUAUCGCAGCUGCAUCAGGGAAUCUUGUGAACGAAACACUUGCUUGAUUCGGGCGAUGUCGGUCAUUCGAUAACUGAUUUCUCAACC